AACAACAGUGGCAGGGUCGCGUCGUUAUGCUUUGUGCGCCGAAUUUGAGCUUUAUUUCGGUCAUGGAUCGAGAUAGGAAGGAUUUUCCGAUUACAGGCACAGCUUUUCCUGUGAAGAUGAAAAGAAAGACUCUAAAGCAUCUUUCACAAGCAGAAAAGCUGGAAAUAGACAACAAGAAAAUGGAAGAGCGUCUUCAUUCACUCAGAAUGGAAAUGCUGAAAGAAAAAGAGGAGCGAGAAUCGUCAGGCGGUGUCCACUGGACAUCUGGAAAAACCGGGCCUCUAGCCUCUCACGCAGCAGACGUCCUUCAAAAAAACAGGAAGGUGGAGACUAGGAAGACACCAUUGAAAAUUAAAGUUUUGACUGACAGCAACGUUGAUUCUUCGUUGUCUCCUCAAAAGCGUGAGGCCAAGAGAAACAAUAAUGUUGUUUAUGCACGUGCAAGUGGCAAGGAGAGUGACUCUCAGAAGAUGAGUGAAGGCAGCAAAGCGACUGUAGAGAAACAGAAUCGACUCCAAAUGACUGCCACUACUGGCAGAACUUUACCUGACUCUGUUAUUUCAUCAUCUACUGGAGGUGGUCUUUUAUGGGGGACAUAUGAUGAAGAAGCAAGUGCCAAGUCUUUCCAAGAUGCGGUUCAAGCGUGGCGGAAUUUGGGUGAGAAAACAACAGACCAAACUGUUGAAUCAUCAACGUCACUCACAGUGUCAUCUGAGGUUCAAGCUGGAUUAGCAGACUUGACAUAUAACAAAGGAUAUGAUAGUUUGCUGAGAGAGGGAUCAUCCAGUCUCAACUAUAUGGAGCAGAUGCUCCUUCGUAAAAUGAGAACCGAUGCCAACUUCUUAUCUUGCUUGCCUGUAAGUGAGACUGUCACAGAAGAUGAUGACCUGGUCAGUGAGCACAUGGUUGAAAUAACCGGUGGAAAUCAGUUUACUGGAGGUUACCUGCUUGAUUCUUUCCCUGACGACAGGUUACCAACAAGUCACAACAUCAUGCAUGGCGUAGAUGAAGAGUUUGUUGUGACUGAUGUCUCUGACUUGGACUUAAUCACAGUAGAGGAUAGUAUGCCAGUAGCCAACAUAGUUGUUGAGGAAGUAAGUGAUGAAGGCAGUGAAACAACUCACGAAGAUUCUGUUUCUGUGUGUUCAUAUCCAGCAGCAGAAUUGAAACAAAAUAUGAUUGCUACAGAUUGCCAUGAUUUUGCUGAUAGUGAAACGCAGGAAAAUGACAAAGAAUCAAGUGGUGGAAAAUCAAGCAAAUGUUCAUCUAGAAAGGUUUCACGUCAAAAGAAUGUGGCCAGGCAGACGAAAUCAGCAGGGAAGAAACGAGAGAAAGCGUUAGAAAACAAACAAGAAUCAGAAAAUGUCAAUCUUGAGCAGGACAGAAGCAACAGACGUGUGCACUUGGCCUGGAGUAAUAGUCGUCCAUAUAGAGGCCUUGAUGGCUUCUUCCUUGCUGCAGUAGAUAAACAUGAAGAAGCAGUAGAAAGGAACAAUUCUUUGGGGAAGACCAAAACUGAGCAGAGUGAUGGCGACCUUCUUAUUUUUGCUACAUCAACAACAUGGAAUCCUAUUGCAAGCCAAGUUGACACAGCGAGUGAAUAUGGCGUGGCUGAUCACUUUGAUGCUGUCAAUCCAAUUGUAUCAAAUGACACCUAUCAUUGCGACUCAGAGUCGGAUGAUGAUGAAUCACUUCCUCUCUACAUGCGUCCAAGUUCUGUAAUACAGAACGUUGAAUUACGUGACAACGUUGACACAGACAACGAAGAUGACAUGAAAACACUGGAAGACUUAACAGUUGAACUGCAAUCACUUAGUCGAUUGGGGGAACAGGAUCGGAUGAAAUCACAGCAAUUGGCAUUGGCCGAUGAACAAACCGUGAUUACUGACAAUAAUGAUGUUGGUGUAGACUCACUUAGUGAAACAGCAAGACGAUUGGACAUCAACUUGUUGAUGGAUGACUUUGAAGAAAUGGAGCGCAAAAUCAUGGAAGGACAUGAGUGCUAGUGACAGACUUGUAAACAGACAUCAAAGAUAGUUUGUGUUUAACUGCUCGACAGUAGCUACAUAUAGAUUACUAGCUACAAUGCCCAGCUUCGCCCGGGUGCAUUCAAUUGUGAGGAAUUACCAUGAAAGUAUCUUGUCUAGAAUUUAAUUUAGUGAGAUGUUCUAAGUAAUUAUUAGUGAGUAUGUCAUUUACAUGCAAUUUAGAUUUGGUAUGCCACUCGAUCAUUAGCUUUGGAUAGUGACAGCUGGCUUAAGUUGAUGUUAAUUUAAUUAAUCCUAAUUGG